UCGUUGGCCUAUCAUCGAGUCUCCGGAGUCUCCAGUUCUGCCAUGGCUCCACAAUUGAUACUCAUCGUGCUGCUGGCCCUGCUCCGUGGGAGCUCCAAUGCCAUUAUUACCGAGCUAGCCCGCCAGGGCGAAAGUGCAGUUCAGAGCCUGGCGAACCUUCACUUGGCCCCGUUGCGCUACCUUGACGUACUUUUCGGCACCAACCAUGGGAUAGUGCCAUUCUCAAAGGGCAUUCAGUUGACCAAAACCAUCGGCUCUCCGAUCGGCGACUAUCGUCCGUACAGUAAGAUCUCCGCUGGCGUGGGUCAAGGAAGUGAUCUGAUAACCAUUAUCAAGAAUCCACGCUCCCCGUAUAGCUACGGAAUUCCAGGGUAUGAUUAUCCCACAUACCUCAAGCCCUUCUAUAGAAAGCAAGUCCGUGUUGGAGCCGGUGGGGUUCUUAUUGGACCCAAUGGACUACCUCUCGCACCCAACGGCCUGCCGAUUGGAACUGAUGGGCUACCUAUUUCACCUUUCGGUCCCAACGGUCUCCCCUACGGGCCUUUGGGUCCAAACGGUUAUCCUUAUCUACCUUUCGGUCCCACCCCGACUCCUCAUAUAGUACCGGUUCCAGGCAUUGCCGGUCCUAUCAUUAGGAGUCCCAGGGGUGCCCUUACUGUGGACAGAACUAUCGGCAUUAACACUCCCUUCGGUGGAGGUAGUAUUAAUCUGGACACAUCUGUCGGGCUCAAUAGGAUCCAUGGCCCAGGGGUGCAGGUGACUGCGGGUGGUGGGGCCGGUGUUGGUAGUGGUGGCGGUUGGUUUGGGAACGGGGGUUUCCUUGGAACAGGACUCUUCGGCACUAAGGGACUCUUAGGCACCGGAGUCUUAAGCAGUAAAAGCUUGAGCCUGGGAUUCCUCAACCCAUUCGGACUACCAUUGCCAGGCUUUAUAAUAAACCCAUUCGGAAACAUAUUUGGGUCCUUGGGCAAUUUGUUUGGCUUCGGUGGAGGAGUGCAAGCCAACGUAGGGUCACAGAUUGUAAAGGCCCCAAGAGCACAUCCACUGCUUCCAGGCGUCGAAGGAAGUAUCACUGUCGAUGUCGGCGGCUCGCUGGCCCCCCCAACGGGACUACUCGGAAUGAUCCACCCCCUGCUGAAUAUAUUCGGAUAGAGGAUUCAUCCCGCACUCACCACCGCAACGAAUACUGGAUUGGAUAUUGCAAUGAAAACGGCUCCGAUGGUUUAACGCUUAGGAUUAAUCUUUUAGUAUUAAGAAACGACAAGUGUCUGGGUUGAAUUAGCAUUUGUCUUGGCCAAGCUUUGUAAUUGUAAUACCCAAUAAUAAAAUUAAGCAGCAUUCCAAA